AUGGGCGUCCCAGAGGAUUUCUGCGGCGCUACGUGCUGCGCGAAGGGCUGCUACAAGUGCGUCCCGGGGCUCUUCAAUAAGACGAUUCGCAAGGGGAAGAAGAUCCCACAUGCGUGGAGGGAGCACUUGGAGGCGGGGGGGAAAGACCCGAAGCUUGCAAGCUGGUGGCAGAAAUGGCAGCGCGACCAUCGAGACGCCUUCGACGCACCAGAGGCGCGGGCAGCCUCCCUCGAGGAUCUGAAAAUGAUUCAGGUCCUUGCAAGAGACCAAGGGGAGAACUGGGCGGAGGAGAUUGGGAGCAUCAAGUCGAAGUGGCACAAAAACGACGUGUUCAAGUUCGAGAACCUGUACGGAGAGCACGGCGCGAAGCCAGAGUUCCUUGACCUCGACCUCGGCGCCGUCGACCCCGCCGACCCGUUCGGAGUCAACGUCCGGCGCAAGCGGCGCGCUCAAGACGACGCGAACGCCAGGCUGCUGGCGAAUGUCAUCGACCCGUACUUCCAAGCGAAUGGCGCGCAUUUCAUAGUAGCGCGCCCGAGCGCGCAGCAGCAGCGUGGUGCGGCUGCCGCGUCCAGGCCGGCCCCGCGGCGGCCGCCCGGCGCCGCGCGGGGGGGAGUGAGGGCUGGCAGGGGUGGGGGGGUAAAACCCUCGGUGGGGGACUCGUCGGGGAGCGAGGAUGGGUCCGGGGCGAUCACGCUGCCCGAUGAGGAGUCGGACGAGUCCGAGGGCCGCGCGAUGCCGCCGCCGGCGCCUCGGACCGCGAACGGCGCAGCCCCCCGGGCGGUGUCUGACGAAGAGGCGUACUACGACGUGGUCAUGGCGGCGUGGGAGCGGAGGAACGCCGAGGACGGGCACCUGCACAGCACGAAGAUGGAGGUGCGGGCGAUGCGGUCGGCGCUGCGGCAGUACAGCCACAAGAUGAACUUCGACAACGAAUGCGGAGAGUGGGGCUGCAAGCUCGAGGGACUGUCGCGGGCGGAGGCCAAGGCGCUGGCCAAGGGGCUGAGCAGGAUGACGAAGGCGGACAGCGGCGCUGCGAAGCCCAGGCGCGCGCUCGAGGCGAAGCGGCCGGCACCUUCCCGGCCCUCGGCACGGCCCGCCCCGCCCGAGCCGGAGCCACUCCGGCAACAUACCGGGAAGCUCCCGCAGUACGCCGAGGGCUCGUACGGCGCGGUCGUCUGCGCGGCGCACGAGAUCCUGAACGCCCCGGGCAGCGAGGACGCGCCGAAGAAGGCCCGGUGGGAAGUACGCGCGUUGCUGAUGAAACACCCCCAGCACCAGCUGCGGUUCGAGGGGCAGUGGGGGGAGUUCGGCGACGCGAGCCACCUCGUGCCCGGCGGACUCGCGGGCAAGACGUGGCGCGAGGCGGUGUACUAUUUGGAGGCCGCGGAGGCCGCGCCCUCGCACCGUGCUGCUCGCAGCGCCUCGCAGACCGGCGGGGGGUCGCAGGCGGCGCGGCGCGAGGCGGGCGCGGUCGCGGAGGUCACGAGCCCCGCGAAGAAGCAGCCGGUGAAGGGCGCCGCGUCGGCGGGGAAGGCGACAGCAACGGCGAAGGGACAAGCCGCGCGGGCCGCAAAGGGGCCGAAGGUCACGGUGGGCCUGGACGGGUUCGCGGCCAGCUCGCCGGGCAACGUGGUGAUGCACAUGUGGCAGUGGUUCCAGCACAACGACGAUCCGUACGAGGCUUUGGCGGAGUUCCGGCGGCUUUGUGGGGAGUGCGGCGUACCCUCGGAACAGAGACAGUUGCUUUUGGGUGUGUUCGGCAACUACAUGGAGAAUCUGGGGACGAUCAGCAAGGAGAAGCUCCUUGCGGAGCUCGCGGACCUCGGGCAGGUGCCGGUCAAGGCGCAGGGCGAGGACACUCGCAGCAUGCGCCAGACGACCAUCGCAGACACCCGCGCCAGUGAGAGCCUGAUGAAGGCAAGCCUGCCGGCGCCGGCGAAGGCGGCCCCGUCGCGCAAGCGCCAGGCGCAGGUCGAGGUCGAGGUCGAGCCGGAGGAGGAGGAGGACGAGGGGCCCGUGGAGCCGCCGCCGGAGAGGAAGAUGGCGGCCAAGACGAAGCCGGCAAUCAAGAAACCUCGAGUGCCGAAGGACGACGACGACGUGAUCGCGGGCGGCGCGCAGGCCGCCACGCGGAGCGUGCCUGCGCCCGAGGAGAUCCGCGCGCUGAUGCGGGAGGCCCAGCUGGCGAAGCGCGGCCGCGAGGCGGGCUCCGAGGACGAGAGCGACGCCGACAGCAGCGCGUCGAGCGACAGCGACGGCGACCACGGCGUGCUGGAGGACAUGGGGCGCUCCACGAUGACCAUGGCAGACCUCGGCAUCCAGAUUCCGAAGCCAGAAGACGUCAAAGAGCUGCUCGCGCGCGUGGAUCUCCAUCGCCAGGGCGCCCGCAAACAGAGGCAGGAGCUGCUGGAGAAGCACCGUGCGUCGUUCCCACGCCUCGCCGCCACCGCGAAGGCGGGCCGCUCGGUGUGCCUGUGGGGCCUGGGCUCGAAGCAGGCUUUGCUCUCCGAGUUCGCCGACGCGCUGUACUCGGACGGCCUCGCCGCGCCACGGGACGCCGUGUACGUCGCCAAGGGCCACGACCCCAACGCAUCGGUCCGACACAUCGCCGCCGACGCCGCGCAGGCACUGCUGCGCAUCUCCAAGGCCGACGCCCUCGCGCGCGCGCAGGGGCACGUCCCCGCCGGCGACGACGCGGACGCGGCGGACGUGCACGCGGGCCGCAGCGGCGCUGCGCAGGCCAUCGUCGACGAAAUCCGCCGCCGCGCCGCCCCCGACGGCCCCGCGCUCUGGCUACUCGUGCACAACAUCGACGGCAAGGCCCUCCGCGCGCCGCACGACCAGGCCGCCCUCGCGCAGCUCGCUGCGCUGCCGUGCGUGCAUCUCGUCGCCACGGUCGACCACAUCAACGCCCCGCUUCUGUGGACGAAGAAGGCGGCGUUCGACUUCGCGUGGUGGUUCUACGAGGCCGCGACGCUCGAGCCGUACCAGGACGAGCUCCAGGAGCAGGUCGGAUCUCUCGUGGGCGGCGCGGUGCAGACGAACCAGGACGCCGCGAUCCAGGUGCUGCGCUCGCUGCCGCAGAACGCGCGGAAGGCGUUCCGCGUGCUCGCGGAGCAGCAGCUGGCAGUGGGCGGCCAGGGCGGGGAGCGGUCGGGCACGCGCGACGGCCGCCCGCUGCUGCGGCAGGACGACUUGCUGCGGGCGGCGAGGCGCGGGUUCGUCGCGACGUCGGUCACGAGCCUGGGCGCGAUGUUGUCGGAGCUGAUCGAGCACCGGAUCGUCACGCGGAGCGAGCGGCAGGGCGCGGUUCACUUUGGAGCCAUGGUGGGUUCGAAGGACUCGGUGGUGCGGGGCGUGCUGGAGCAGCUGGCGGCGAUGGAGGCGGACGACGCGGCGAACGCGCGGGGCGCGGCGGGGCGGGAGGAGGAGGCGCCGGAGGUGCGGUGA